CCUCGACUGCCCAUACGCAUACACGACGACGUUGAUGUUGAUGCGUACAUUUUAUUGGAUAUUUCACGAAUUAUUGAUGAACACGAUUUUGAAACGAUGAAGGCGUUUACCAUGGCAAUAAUGAAAAACGGCAAGGUAGUGAUAUUAGAAGAGCAUUACGGGAUGUGCUGAUUGAUAUAAAAACAAGAGCAUUAAUGCCAAACAGGAGAAUCGCUCAGCAAGUUGUAAUCCUUAUAAGUUACGGAAAUUGCACUCAAAUCAAUGACCCUAAUCCCAUCGCCGAAGAGUUGAAGACAGAGCACGCUGUGGAGUUCUUCUCCAUUGCUAUUGGAACUAAAGAAGACAUUAAUUCGUUUCGCGUUAUGGAAAAAAUGGCAUCCAAAAUUGAUGGAGAACAACAUUUCUUUGCAAUAGAUGAACAUUGGGGCAUAUGGAAAGCUAUCAAUAACAUGAUAACACAGCAGGAUGUGAGAGUAGAGUUGGUUAAUGGACCUAACAACCAAUCUGGACGUGUAGAAAUUGUGAUCGGAAAUAUACGAGGUACUGUAUGUGACGAUAAUUGGGACGACAACGAUGCUAAAGUCAUUUGCAGAAUGCUCGGAUUUGAAGUCGGGAAAGCGCUAAAUAAAUCACACUUUGGCGAAGGCAGUGCUUGCAGUAUUCUUCUGGAUGAGGUACAAUGUGAUGGAACCGAAUCAUCUAUCAUGACAUGCCGCCAUUCUGGUCUUGGACUUCAUGACUGUGGGCACCAUGAAGAUGCAUCUGUUAUAUGCAGUCCUAAGAAAAAUUAUGGUCGUCGACCUCUAGAAAACAAUUUAAGAAAAAAGCGAAAUUUAUCUCAACGGACUAUUGGAGGUGGUAUUGCAUCACAGGACUUCUAUCCGUGGCAGGCUGGAAUUCGAAUGCGAAAAAGAAAGAAGGGUUCAAGACAACAUUCGUUCGAACAAACGUGUGGUGGAAUCAUUUUGAACAACCGUUGGAUCCUUAGCGCUGCCCACUGCUUUACACACCAUCGUUCUGGUGACGUUAGAGUUUAUACAGGUGGCCACGACCUUUUGAACAAUUAUAGCUUUGAAGAACAGUUCGAAUUCGAGCAACUUAUCAAACAUCCUAAUUAUAACUCUUCUUCCCACGAUAAUGACAUCGCCCUGAUAAAGGUGAAAUUAAACAAUGGGUAUGGUAUACAGUUUAAUGACGAAGUACAGCCAGCUUGUCUGCCGGAUGCUAGCAUGCAUUACGAGACUGGGCUCACAUGUCACAUCUCUGGAUGGGGAAGAACGUCAUUAAAUUCUACCACAGGACAGACUGUACUUGACGCAGCAGAGGUUCGUUUAAUUGAUGAUGAGGAUUGCAAACGAAGUUACAAUACACAGAUAACUCCGAACAUGGUUUGUGCCGGAUAUAUGGAGGGAGGCAUCGAUGCCUGUCAUAGAGACUCAGGCGGACCUUUGGUGUGCAGAGUUGAGGGUCUUUACUACGUGAUGGGCGUAGUAUUCUGGGGAGAGAAGUGUGCUUUACCAGAAUACACUGGUGUAUAUGCAAAGGUGGCAGCUUUUCAGUUCUGGAUUGAGACCACGAUUGCGUUGUAUCCAUAACGAAAAUACGUAUUCUACAAAGUGCUUGUACAUAAUAAAGUACUGUUUUAAGACAACAUGUUACAAAUAUUAAUUAAUUGAAUGCAUACACGCAUUACAGUGUUUUCUUAAGUGUGUUCUUUUCCGAAAGUACUCGUUGUAUAGAUUCACGUUCAUAUGUACCCAGAUAGGAAGACGUUUGUGGUAAUUUAAUGAAGAUAUAAAAAUCUUGUCUUUUAAAAUUUGCGUAUGUAAAGGCUAUUUUAAAUAAUUACUGUAAAUCUAUUGUGCUGCACUUUAUGAUUUAGAAACAUCUCUAAUGAAUAUGCAACUUAUUUCAUUUGAGGUCUUUGAACGUUAGGCGUUUAUUCGUUUCUUGUAGUAUGUGAAUAUGUUCCCAUCAACAAGAAUAUAACCCAUACAAGUCAAGAACUAGAAAAUUUCGAAAAUAUGAUACUCACUUGUAUUCACAUUUACAAAGAACCAAACUAUUUUAAACUAAAUACAAAUUAACAACGCAUACAUACUAAAUAUAUUUAUAUACACUUUGAUCGUCCAAAGAGAUGCAGAGCAUGUAAAUUAUGUUAAAAGCAGAAUAAGUAAUAGAACUUUCAAUUGGGUAAGACAUGUUAUCAACAAAGACAACACAUACAAAUCAACGCAUACAACAUUUCCGUAUAAUAACAAUAUUGAUUGACAUGUAGUCCUUCCAGAAACAAUCGUUUGGUCAACAAUGCCCAGUUGUUGUCACCCCAAACUAAUUUCAUCAUGAUGUUGUUAGAGAUACCGCCUCGCAAAUAUGUCAAGGUCUUCUACAAUAUUUUCAAAGAAGUGGAAAGCUUUACAGUUCUAGCAGUCUCAAAUAGGCAACAGUGUUACCUUGAAAAUAUUGGCAUGUUCAGUAUAUAUCAGUUGAGUUGUUUCUUUAUUUGUAUUGUGGGUUCGUUAGAAACUUAUCUACGUAUUUGAACCAAAUGGAUAUGCAUAUUGUAGCGGAGAUAAAUACUUAAAGCUUU